CCGGAAUUGAAGAACCCUGCCUUAAUGGGUCUGCUCACUCUUUGGCCGUGCCGUGUCUUCCCACUUCUGACAUCAAUGUAGUGAACUGGGCGGUGGUCUGACUCCGCAUACAAUAACACCACUGUCUGACUCUGAACACACGGAUUUAUGUUUAUCCAUGCAGCAUUGUAACAAAGCAGACUUCUGAUCCGCAGGUAUGAUUGAAUUCUAGUUUAAUUCAUUUUCAUCCAAAAUGUGAUUUACUGUUUGUUUUAUUUAUCAUAUUUAUGGACCAUUGAUUUAUAUCAUAUUUUAGGUAGAGGAAUAGAUAACGUCACACAAGCGCCAUAGUUCGCGUACAGAAUCGGCAUCAUCAGAACUUUUUAAGGAGGAAAAAUCACCAAACAUUACUGAAUAUCCGACCAACCUCCUUGACGUCAGAUAGUUGCACUUGCAUGAAAGAGAUGUCGACUUCCUCGAAUUUGGGAUUUCCAAAAGGACAGGAAACAACUUUACUACAUCAUUUUAUUUUUCGUCCUUCGUUUCCAGGUGAAAUGAGGUAAGGACACAAAGCUUUGUUUUACCCCACCUCGGAUUGAAAUAAGAAUUUGCAGUGUGUGCAUUGGCCGCAGAGACGUCUACUUGGAGAAACUUUAGGUUAUGUUUAUGUAGGGGACUUCCCCUUUUCACAAAACUGCAUAGAAAAUCACCUAAUGGUUAAAAACACUAGUCGAUGGGCUUUAUGUGACUGUGAACAUUCUUUUCAGUAGCCUAAAUUUAAGGGAUUAACCACAACAGGAUUUGUCAAGACUUGUUGAGGAGUUUUAGGAAAGCAUAAGACAAAGUUAAGAAUUGAGUCGUGUAGUAGACUGUAUAAUGAUUUGUUUUAUUGCAAAAGAAGGAAAAUAUGAUUCUUAUAAUUAUUGUAAUAAAAUAAAGAUAAUUCAUUAUUAUUAUUAAUUUUAAUAAUUAAUGUUAUGUUGUAUUGUUAUGAGCUAUUAUUAUGUUAAAUACUGUAAAAGAUACAUUAUUGUGGAAGGUAUGCAUAUCAUUAUUUUUUUCUGGUAUUAGUGUGUAUUAUUUUCUUUUCUAGGCUCAGCAUGAGACUUGCUUACCUUUUCCUGUAUAACCUGCUUCAGUUCUGUGGGCACACAUGGAUAUUUGCAAACAUGACAGCCAGGUUUCUCACAUUUGGUGGAGGUAAAUUGUCAAGAUCAUAGUCAAAACAGCAAACCUGGAUAGUCUAGACCAGGGAUGGGCAACUUUGAUGGGGGUGGAGGCAGGGGUCUGCUAGGGGUGUGCCGAUCUCAUGAUACUCGUAUUCGUAUGUUUUAUCUUUUUUUUUUUUUGUCAUUUAGCAGACGCUCUUAUCCAGAGCGACUUACAGUUAGUGAAUACAUAUUUUUUUUAUACUGGCCCCCCGUGGGAAUCGAACCCACAACCCUGGCGUUGCAAACGCCAUGCUCUAUCAACUGAGCUACAUCCCUGCCGGCCAUUCCCUCCCCUACCCUGGACAACGCUGGGCCAAUUGUGCGUCGCCCAUGAGUCUCCCGGUCGCGGCCGGCUGCGACAGAGCCUGGAUUCGAACCAGGAUCUCUAGUGGCACAGUUAGCACUGCGAUGCAGUGCCUUAGACCACUCACACUUGAUACUUGUGAUCGGAAAACCCGGAAGUGCGCUUUAAAUGCCGGUAAAGCCUGUACUUCAAGUACACAUUACUGCACUAUUACUCAGAGCACAUCUUUAUGUUCCUUCAUUCAUUCACACACAUGCAGUCAGAGCCGGCCUUAGCCUUUUGGCUAAAUAUUGUUGGUGGGCCCUUCCCCCCACCUUGAGAGCAAAACAUUUUAGCAGCCCCCCUCUUGACAGCAGAGAGAAAUGGUUUUCGGUUUUUGAAUUUUGCUAUUUUAAAGCAAGUUUGCUGCAAUUCUACACAUUUUGUCAUGGAGCGGAGAGAAGAUUUUUCAAUUUUAUAACAAAUUUCAUGCAAUUCUACAAAUUUUGCCAAAGGGUUCUACCUAGCACCAAAAAUGGUUCCCCUAUGGGGACAAACCGAAGAACCCUACUUAGCACCUUUUUUUCUAAGAGUGUAGACUAACUUACCAAUCUAAAAAUUAUUAGCUGACAUGGGCUAAUUGAGUGGCUGUCAGUGACUGACAUAACAAGAGAAAAACUGCUGCGGGCUACCUGUAGUUGCCCAUCCCUGGUCUAGACUCAAGAGCCUAUUCAUAAAUGCUUUACAAGACUGUAUAAUGCAGUAUGACAGGUAAAGCACGAACACUAACUGAAUGUUGUUGUUUUCCAGACGCGCUAGCUGACACCUUCUAUGCUGUGGGGGUUGUGAUGAGUCUAUGCCAGCUGUUGUCCAUGCUGGAGCUUUUCCACAUCGCUGAUGGGAUCGAGAAGGGAUGCCUUCUUCCACGGUUUGUUCAAGUAUGUGCCACUGCCAAGCCUAACACUGUGUUCUGACUCUUUGGAGUUUGGGCCCUGUUCAAAUAAUACAAAGUGUACACUUCUUCCAUUAAUUGAGGAUUUUCACUGACAAAAUAGGACCAGUUAGAGCAAUUCAUCUCUGAUUAGUGGUCCUGUUUGGUGUGUACAUGACUGUACGUGACUGUGCAAGCAACAAAUGGAGAUACAGUGGGGGAAAAAAGUAUUUAGUCAGCCACCAAUUGUGCAAGUUCUCCCACUUAAAAAGAUGAGAGAGGCCUGUAAUUUUCAUCAUAGGUACACGUCAACUAUGACAGACAAAAUGAGAAAAAGAAAUCCAGAAAAUCACAUUGUAGGAUUUUUAAUGAAUUUAUUUGCAAAUUAUGGUGGAAAAUAAGUAUUUGGUCAAUAACAAAAGUUUCUCAAUACUUUGUUAUAUACCCUUUGUUGGCAAUGACACAGGUCAAACGUUUUCUGUAAGUGUUCACAAGGUUUUCACACACUGUUGCUGGUAUUUUGGCCCAUUCCUCCAUGCAGAUCUCCUCUAGAGCAGUGAUGUUUUGGGGCUGUCGCUGGGCAACACAGACUUUCAACUCCCUCCAAAGAUUUUCUAUGGGGUUGAGAUCUGGAGACUGUCUAGGCCACUCCAGGACCUUGAAAUGCUUCUUACGAAGCCACUCCUUCGUUGCCCGGGCGGUGUGUUUGGGAUCAUUGUCAUGCUGAAAGACCCAGCCACGUUUCAUCUUCAAUGCCCUUGCUGAUGGAAGGAGGUUUUCACUCAAAAUCUCACGAUACAUGGCCCCAUUCAUUCUUUCCUUUACACGGAUCAGUCGUCCUGGUCCCUUUGCAGAAAAACAGCCUCAAAGCAUGAUGUUUCCACCCCCAUGCUUCACAGUAGGUAUGGUGUUCUUUGGAUGCAACUCAGCAUUCUUUGUCCUCUAAACACAACGAGUUGAGUUUUUACCAAAAAGUUCUAUUUUGGUUUCAUCUGACCAUAUGACAUUCUCCCAAUCCUCUUCUGGAUCAUCCAAAUGCACUCUAGCAAACUUCAGACGGGCCUGGACAUGUACUGGCUUAAGCAGGGGGACACAUCUUUCACUGCAGGAUUUGAGUCCCUGGCGGCGUAGUGUGUUACUGAUGGUAGGCUUUGUUACUUUGGUCCCAGCUCUCUGCAGGUCAUUCACUAGGUCCCCCCGUGUGGUUCUGGGAUUUUUGCUCACCGUUCUUGUGAUCAUUUUUACCCCACGGGAUGAGAUCUUGCGCGAAGCCCCAGAUCGAGGUAGAUUAUCAGUGGUCUUGUAUGUCUUCCAUUUCCUAAUAAUUGCUCCCACAGUUGAUUUCUUCAAACCAAGCUGCUUACCUAUUGCAGAUUCAGUCUUCCCAGCCUGGUGCAGGUCUACAAUUUUGUUUCUGGUGUCCUUUGACAGCUCUUUGGUCUUGGCCAUAGUGGAGUUUGGAGUGUGACUGUUUGAGGUUGUGGACAGGUGUCUUUUAUACUGAUAACAAGUUCAAACAUGUGCCAUUAAUACAGGUAACGGGUGAAGGACAGAGGAGCCUCUUAAAGAAGAAGUUACAGGUCUGUGAGAGCCAGAAAUCUUGCUUGUUUGUAGGUGACCAAAUACUUAUUUUCCACCAUAAUUUGCAAAUAAAUUCAUUAAAAAUCCUACAAUGUGAUUUUCUGGAAUUUUCUUUCUCAAUUUGUCUGUCAUAGUUGACGUGUACCUAUGAUGAAAAUUACAGGCCUCUCUCAUCUUUUUAAGUGGGAGAACUUGCACAAUUGGUGGCUGACUAAAUACUUUUUUUCCCCACUGUAAGUGAUGCGCUAUGUCAUUUUGGAAAGCACAGUAUGUCCCCAACGACUCCUGUGGUAGUAGUUAACGCCAAUAUCAAAGACCUCAAAAGUAGUCUAAUGCCAACAUUUCCCUGUCCAGGUUAUGACGAAAAACUUCCUACUGUUUAUGGUGAUAAUCAGUCAAGAGGAGGUCCAGAGUAAACCAGUUGUGUGUGCACAGUUUUACCUGUGGAAUAUUCUAGAUCUGUUAAGGUAUGUAUGUUUCAUUGGAACUAAAACAAAAAAAGGGUUUUGGUUGUACAUUUUUGUCCUAACCCAUCACUAACAUCUGAUUCAACUAUUCACCAAGCCCUCGAUUAGUUAGGCUGGAACAGGUGUGUUGACCUGGCAGUAUGGUGCCAGGACAACAACCUUUUCCCUCAACCUCAGUAAAACCAAGGAGAUGAUCGUGGACUACAGGCACAGUUGUGAAGAAGGCGCUACAGAGGGUGGUGCGGGCAGCCCACUAUAUGAGGCGCUGUAAAAGGAAGGCCCGGAAAAUCGUUAAAGACUCCAGCCACCUAAGCCAUAGACUGUUCUCUCUGCUUCCGCACAGCAAGUGGUACCGGUGCAUCAAGUCUGACACCAACAGGCUCCUGAACAGCUUCUAUCCCCAAGCCAUAAGACUUUUAAAUAGCUAACAGAAUGCCUACACGGACUGUCUGAGUUGACCUUGAAUUCACAACCCUUGACUUUUUCCACAUUUUGUUGUGUGACAAAGUGGGAUUAAAAUUGAUUUAAUUGUUUUUUUUUUGUCAACGAUCUACACAAAAUACUCUGUAAUGUCAAACUGGAAGAAAACUUCUAACAUUUGUAAAACAUUUAUGAAAAAUAAAACACUAAUAUAUCUUAGUACUCCUGAGUGGCGCAGUGGUCUAAGGCACUGCAUCGCAGUGCUAACUGUGCCACUAGAGAUCCUGGUUCGAAUCCAGGCUCUGUCGCGACCGGGCGGCGCACAAUUGGCCCAGCGUCGUCCAGGGUAGGGGAGGGAAUGGCCGGCAGGGAUGUAGCUCAGUUGAUAGAGCAUGGCGUUUGCAACGCCAGGGUUGUGGGUUCGAUUCCCACGGGGGGCCAGUAUAAAAAAAAUAUGUAUUCACUAACUGUAAGUCGCUCUGGAUAAGAGCGUCUGCUAAAUGACUAAAAUGUAAAAUGUAAAAUGUAAUAUCUUGAUUAGAUAAGUAUUCAACAGAGAUACCGUGACAAGAUCCUGAGGCCCAUUGUCGUGCCAUUCAUCCGACGCUAUCACCUCAUGUUUCAGCAUGAUAAUGCACGUCCCCAUGUCGCAAGGAUCUGUACACAAUUCCUGGGAGCUGAAAAUGUCCCUGUUCUUCCAUGGCCUGCAUACUCACCAGAUACAGUGGGGAAAAAAGUAUUUAGUCAGCCACCAAUUGUGCAAGUUCUCCCACUUAAAAAUAUGAGAGAGGCCUGUAAUUUUCAUCAUAGGUACACGUCAACUAUGACAGACAAAAUGAGGGAAAAAAAUCCAGAAAAUCAUAUUGUAGGAUUUUUAAUGAAUUUAUUUGCAAAUUAUGGUGGAAAAUAAAGUAUUUGGUCAAUAACAAAAGUUUCUCAAUACUUUGUUAUAUACCCUUUGUUGGCAAUGACACAGGUCAAACGUUUUCUGUAAGUCUUCACAAGGUUUUCACACACUGUUGCUGGUAUUUUGGCCCAUUCCUCCAUGCAGAUCUCCUCUAGAGCAGUGAUGUUUUGGGGCUGUCGCUGGGCAACACGGACUUUCAACUCCCUCCAAAGAUUUUCUAUGGGGUUGAGAUUUGGAGACUGGCUAGGCCACUCCAGGACCUUGAAAUUCUUCUUACGAAGCCACUCCUUCGUUGCCCGGGCGGUGUGUUUGGGAUCAUUGUCAUGCUGAAAGACCCAGCCACGUUUCAUCUUCAAUGCCCUUGCUGAUGGAAGGAGGUUUUCACUCAAAAUCUCACGAUACAUGGCCCCAUUCAUUCUUUCCUUUACACGGAUCAGCCGUCCUGGUCCCUUUGCAGAAAAACAGCCCCAAAGCAUGAUGUUUCCACCCCCAUGCUUCACAGUAGGUAUGGUGUUCUUUGGAUGCAACUCAGCAUUCUUUGUCCUCCAAACACGACGAGUUGAGUUUUUACCAAAAAGUUAUAUUUUGGUUUCAUCUGACCAUAUGACAUUCUCCCAAUCCUCUUCUGGAUCAUCCAAAUGCACUCUAGCAAACUUCAGACGGGCCUGGACAUGUACUGGCUUAAGCAGGGGGACACGUCUUCCACUGCAGGAUUUGAGUCCCUGGCGGCGUAGUGUGUUACUGAUGGAAGGCUUUGUUACUUUGGUCCCAGCUCUCUGCAGGUCAUUCACUAGGUCCCCCCGUGUGGUUCUGGGAUUUUUGCUCACCGUUCUUGUGAUCAUUUUGACCCCACGGGGUGAGAUCUUGCGUGGAGCCCCAGAUCGAGGGAGAUUAUCAGUGGUCUUGUAUGUCUUCCAUUUCCUAAUAAUUGCUCCCACAGUUGAUUUCUUCAAACCAAGCUGCUUACCUAUUGCAGAUUCAGUCUUCCCAGCCUGGUGCAGGUCUACAAUUUUGUUUCUGUUGUCCUUUGACAACUCUUUGGUCUUGGCCAUAGUGGAGUUUGGAGUGUGACUGUUUUGAGGUUGUGGACAGGUGUCUUUUAUACUGAUAACAAGUUCAAACAGGUGCCAUUAAUACAGGUAACGAGUGGAGGACAGAGGAGCCUCUUAAAGAAGAAGUUACAGGUCUGUGAGAGCCAGAAAUCUUGCUUGUUUGUAGGUGACCAAAUACUUAUUUUCCACCAUAAUUUGCAAAAAAAUUCAUUAAAAAUCCUACAAUGUGAUUUUCUGGAUUUUUUUCCCUCAAUUUGUCUGUCAUAGUUGAUGUGUACCUAUGAUGAAAAUUACAGGCCUCUCUCAUCUUUUUAAGUGGGAGAACUUGCACAAUUGUUGGCUGACUAAAUACUUUUUUCCCCCACUGUAUGUCACCCAUUGAGCAUGUUUGGGAUGCUCUGGAUAGACGUUUACGACAGCAUAUUCCAGUUCCCGCCAAUAUCAAGUGGGACAACAUUCCACAGGCCACAAUCAACUGCCUGAUAAACUCUAUGUGAAGGAGAUGUGUCGCGCUGCAUGAGACAAAUGGUGGUUACACCAGAUACUGACUGGUUUUCUGAUCUACACCCCUACUUUUUUUAAAGGUGUCUGUGACCAACAGAUGCAUAUCUGCAUUCCCAGUCUUGAUAUCCGUAGAUUAGGGCCUAAUGAAUUGAUUUCAAUUGAUUGAUUUCCUUAUAUGAACUGUAACUCAGUAAAAUAUUUGAAAUUGGUGCAUGUUGCAUGUAUAUUUUUGUUCAGAAUACAUACAGUCCCUUCAAAAAGUAUUCAUACCCCUUGACUUAUUCCACAUUUUGUUGUGUUAAAGCCUAAAUUCUAAAUGGAUUAAAUAUUUAUUUUUCUCACCCAUCUACAUAUAAUACCCCAUAAUGACAAAGUGAAAAUAUGUUUUUAGAAAUGUUUGCAAAUUAAAUACAUAAAUAUCUCAUUUACAUAAAUAUUCACACCACUGAGUCUAUACUUUGUAGAAGCAUCUUUGGCAGCGAUUACAGCUGUGAGUCUUUCUGGGUAAGUCUCUAAGAGCUUUUCACACCUGGAUUGUGCAACAUUUGCCCAUUAUUCUUUUCAAAAUCCUUCAAGCUCUGUCAAAUUGGUUAUUGAUCAUUGCUGGACGACCAUUUUAAGGUCUUGAAAUAGAUUUUCGAGCAGAUUUAUGUCGAAACUGUAACUCGGCCACUCAGGAACAUUCACUGUCUUCUUGGUAAGCAACUCCAGUGUAGAUUUUGCCUUGUGUUUUAGGUUAUUGUCCUGCUGAAAGGUGAAUUAAUCUCCCAGUGUCUGGUGGAAUGCAGACUGAACCAGGUUUUGCCUCUGCUUAGCUCCAUUCUGUUUCUUUUUUAUCCUGAAAAGUUCCCUAGUCCUUAACGAUUACAAGCAAAUCAAAUCAAAUCAAAUUGUAUUGGCCACAUGCGCCGAAUACAACAGGUGCAGACAUUACAGUGAAAUGCUUACUUACAGCCCUUAACCAACAGUGCAUUUAUUUUUAAUAUAAAAGUAGAAUAAAACAACAAAAAAGUGUUGAGAAAAAUAGAGCAGAAGUAAAAUAAAAUAACAGUAGGGAGGCUAUAUAUACAGGGGGGUACCGGUGCAAGCAUACCCAUAACAUAACAUGAUGCAGCCACACCUAUACUUGAAAAUAUGGAGAGAGUUACUCAGUAAUGUGUUGGAUUGGAUUUGCGCCAAACAUAACACUUUGUUUUCAGGAAAAAAUGUUAAUUGCUUUGCCAAUUUUUUUACAGUAUUACUUUAGUGCCUUUUUGCAACAAGAUGUUUUGUGUUACAGGAGGGGGUCGUAGUUCUGGAGCGACCCACUAGGUGUCAUCCUCCGACUUCCUUAGGCACCUCCUCAUUAACAGUCUUGACUAAUCAUUAUCUUAUUGGUGUCACCUGUGUCUACCUGUUCACCUGUGUAAUUUAUGCCCUCACUUCCCAAUGUUCCCUUGCUCUGUUUUCUCUGCUAGUUCGCGAUACCAAACAGUACUAAUCAGUGUCUGAUCGCGAGACGUAUGUACAGGUACUUGAGAAGUGUUCUCCCUGUUUCAUUGAUGUUUUCAGUCAUAGUUAGUAUUUCGUAUGUUUGCUGUCAGCCUGUUUUUGGAGAACAAUUUGCUCCUCCUUAAUUUUUUUGUGACAAGUCCGUUAUUUUGUAUCCUGGUUUUGGGACCACCAGUAAAGAUCCUUGUUUCACCAUCUCUGCCUACUGCCUACUGUCUAUCCUGCACCGCACCUGGGUCACACCUCACACCAACACUUACAGAAAACAGAGCCAAUAUGGACCCAGCGGAGGCAGCACAGUAUUGCAGCGCAUUGGCAACGCAGGGAGCUAUGCUGACCCAGCACGACCGCAGCCUGCAGCAGAUCACAGAGAAUCUCCGCCAGCUGCCUAUUGCCAUGCAGAGCCGGGUGGACACCCAACCAGCCGGCGAAGCAGAAGCCGCGGUAGCGGUGUCUCCAGUCUCACCUGCGACAUCGCGGGAACCCCACCUGGACGGCUGGCCGUUGGGGUCGGGCUUCAUCAGCCAGCGCACUGUCCCUGUGCAUGUCCGGGUGGCAGGGGGGCUAUGGGAGGAUAUCCCAUUUUUCAUUGUGGACUCCGGUGUGUCCCCUCGUCCUCGGGCACCACUGGCUGGUUGCCCACAAAUCUCGAAUAGACUGGUCUACGGGGCGGCUCAUCCUGGAGGGAGGCUCCGCCCCCGUCCUGUUCCGGUCUCCACCAACCACUCAUCAGCCCAAACCACCAUCCCAGACCACCUACCACCAGACCCCCCCAGGUCCCGCACUCCGAACCGCCUACCGCCCUAGCGGCAGUUGCCACGGGGAGGACGGCGGCUACAGACUCCGUCACCGGCCCAAACCUGGCAGGCGUUCCCCGGGAGUAUUGGGAUCUUGGGGAGGUGUUUAGUAAGAGGCGUGCCAAGGGCCUACCUCUUCACAGGCCAUACGACUGCGCUAUCGAUCUCCUGCCGGGCACCAUGCCCACACAAGGGCGAUUGUUUUCCUUGUCCCGGCCGGAGACGCUGGCCAUGAGGGAAUAUAUCAACGAGGCACUCGUCGAGGGUCACAUCCGUCCCUCUACCUAUCCCGUGGGCACAGGUUUCUUAUUCGUAGGGAAAUAGGACGGUUGGCAGCGGCCGUGCAUUUAUUACCGGGCGCUCAACGACAUCACGGUUAAGAACCGCCACCCACUCCCCCUGAUGAGGACAGCAUUCGAGUCGUUGCAGGGAGCCCGGGUCUUCACCAAGCUGGACUUACAAAAUGCCUACAACCUGGUGAGGAUUCAGGAGGGGGAUGAGUGGAAGACGGCUUUUAACACACCCAGUGGGCAUUACGAGUACCAAGUCAUGCCGUUCAGUCUAUCCAACGCUCCUGCGGUGUUCCAGGUGUUGGUCAAUGACGUGCUCCGGGACCUCCUUGACUACAGCGUCUUCGUGUAUUUGGAUGACAUCCUAAUAUUUUCAAAGGACAUGAGUGAACACCAGCAGCACGUUUAGCAGGUCCUCCAACGCCUUCUCCAUCCCCAGCUCUACGUCAAGGCGGAGAAUUGCGUGUUCCACACGGAGACAGGGUUCAUCGUCACCCAGGGGGACCUACUGAUGGACCCAGCCAAGGUCAGCGCGAUACUGGAUUGGCCCCAGCCCUCAAGCAACUACAACGUUUUUAAGAUUUGCUAAUUUUUAUAGCAGAUUUAUUCGCAAUUUCAGCUCCCUAGCUGCUCCCCUGACAGCCCUCACCCAGACGAGCGUGCGUUCCUUCGCCUGGACCCCGGAAGUGGGGAACACAUUUGAUGCGCUUAAGCGGCGCUUUACAUUGGCCCCAGUCCUAGGUCAUCCUGAUCUGUCCCUGCUGUUCAUUGUGGAGGUGGAUGCUUCAGACAUUGCAGUGGGAGCAAUCCUGUCCCAGUGGUUCCUCACGGACGGUAAGACUCACCCCUGCACACUUUUUUCCUGUCGGCUGUCACCGGCGAAGUGGAAUUACGACGUGGGGAUACGUGAGCUGCUAGUGGUCAAGCUCGCCCUGGGGGAGUGGAGGCAUUCUCAUCGACAGGGCUGUAGUGGAACAGGUUGAGAGCUUCAAGUUCCUUGGUGUCCACAUCACCAACAAACUAUCAUGGUCCAAACACAUCAAGACAGUCGUGAAGAGGGCACGACAAAGCCUAUUUCAGGAGACUGAAAAGAUUUGGCAUGGGUCCUCAGAUCCUCAAAAAAUUAUACAGCUGCACCAUCAAGAGCAUCCUGAUUGGUUGCAUCACCGCCUGGUAUGGCAACUGCUUGGCCUCCGACCGCAAGGCACUACAGAGGGUAGUGCGUACGGCCCAGUACAUCACUGGGGCCAAGCUUCCUGCCAUCCAGGACCUCUAUACCAGGCGGUGUCAGAGGAAGGCCCUCAAAAUUGUCAAAGACUCCAGCCACCCUAGUCAUAGACUGUUCUCUCUGCUACCGCACGGCAAGCGGUAUCGGAGUGCCAAGUCUAGGUCCAAAAGACUUCUCAACAGCUUCUACCCCCAAGCCAUAAGACUCCUGAACAGCUAAUCAUGGCUAACCGGACUAUUUGCACCCCCCACCUCCACCCCAUCUUUUUAGGCUGCUGCUACACUGUUAAUUAUUUAUGCAUAGUCACCUUAACUCUACCAACAUGUACAUAUUACUUCAACUACCUCAACUAGCCGGUGCCCCCGCACAUUGACUCUGCACUGGUACCCCCCUGUAUAUAUAGCCUCCCUACUGUUAUUUUAUUUUACUUCUGCUCUUUUUUUCUCAACACUUUUUUGUUGUUGUUUUAUUUUACUUUUUUAUUACAAAUAAAUGCACUGUUGGUUAAGGGCUGUAAGUAAGCAUUUCACUGUAAUGUCUGCACCUGUUGUAUUUGGCGCAUGUGGCCAUUUUUUUUUUUUUUGAUUUGAUUGGCUAGAGGGGGCUGCCCAUCCAUUCAUCGUAUGGACUGACCAUAAGAACUUAGCCUACAUACAGGGGGAAAAGAGGCUCAAAACGUGCCAGGCCAGGUGGGCGUUGUUCUUCACCAGGUUCCGGUACACAAUCUCAUACCGUCCGGGGUCGAAGAACACUAAGCCUGACGCGCUCUCCCGGCAGUUCGACAAAGUGGACCUGGUGGAGAGGGACGACCCCAUUGUCCCAACGCCCUGAUUGCUGCCCCAGUUUCGUGGGGAAUCGAUAGGCUGGUCAGAGCGCGCUCACGACUGCUUCAGUGGGCGCACGCGUCCGACCUCACCAGACAUCCGGGGGGCGCCAGGACGUUGGAGUUCUUAUGUACAAGGUUCUGGUGGCCAUCAGCUGAGGGGGAUACGUGCGCCUUCGUGGCUGCUUGCCCGGUGUGCGCACACACAAAGAGCUCACGUCAGCCCGCGGCAGGGCUGCUCCGACCCCUGCCUAUCCCCAAGCACCCCUGGUCCCACAUCUCGCUGGAUUUCCGCCCUACCCUCCUCUGAUGGAUACACAGUCAUCCUGGUCGUUGUGGACCGGUUUUCGGCUGCCCACUUCAUUCCCCUUCUCAAACUCCCGUCGGCCCGGGAGACGGCUAAGUUGGUGGUGCAGCACGUUUUCCAGGUCCACGGCCUUCCCCAAGAUGUGGUGUCGGAUUCAGGUUCUGGAAGGCGUUCACCACCUGGCUCGGCGCCGCCAUCAGCUUGUCUUCCAGCUUCCAUCCCCAGUCGAAUGGGCAGACGAAGAGAGUCAACCAGGAUCUGGAGGGGGUGCUGAGGUGCAGUUUUGGAAUAUUUUUUAUUUUGUACAGGCUUACUUCUUUACUGACUUCUUUUCAGUUAGGUUAGUAUUGUGGAGUAACUACAAUGUUGUUGAUCCAUCCUCAGUUUUCUCCUAUCACAGCCAUUAACCUCUGUAACUGUUUUAAAGUCACCAUUGGCCUCAUGGUGAAAUCCCUGAGCGGUUUCCUUCCUCUCCGGCAACUGAGUUAGGAAGAACGCCUGUAUCUUUUUAGUGACUGGGUGUAUUGAUACACCAUUCAAAGUGUAAUUAAUAACAUCACCAUGCUCAAAGGGAUAUUCAAUGUCUGAUUUAUUUUUUUACCCAUCUACCAAUAGGUGCCCUUCUUUGCAAGGCAUUGGUAAACCUCCCUGGUCUUUGUGGUUGAAUCUGUGUUUGAAAUUCACUGCUCAACUGAGAGACCUUACAGAUAAUUGUAUGUGUGUGGUACAGAGAUGAGGUUGUCAUUCAAAAAUCAUGUUAAACACUAUUCGUGACUUGUUGAGCAAAUUUUUACUCCUGAACUUAUUUAGACUUGCCAUAACAAAGGGGUUGAAUAUUUAUUGAUGCAAGACAUUUCAGCUUUUAAUUUGUAAUUCAUUUGUAAAAAUUUUGAAAAAUAUAAUUCCACUUCCACAUUAUGGGGUAAUGUGUGUAGGCCAGUGACACAAACAUUUAAUACAUUUUACAUUCAGGCUGUAACACAACAAAAUAUGGAAGACACUGUAACUUCUCACUUUCUCUUAUUUCUUAUUUUUUGUGUGUUUUUGUUCUACCUUAUGUCAUUUUUAGUGCUACAUUGAUAUUGAUUACUGCAUUCUUGGGUUGUGAGCUUGCAAGAAAGGCAUUUCACUGUUCUUGUGCACGUGACAUUAAAACUUGAAACUAGUGUUAAGAUGGAACAAAAAUGUGCACCUCUCUAAGGGGUGGUAAUGGGUUGACUUUUGGUUCUGAUUGGCGUUUGCAGGUACCCCCAUGUACUCCUUUGUUUGAUGGGCACGGAUUCCUUUGGCAUGCUGUGGGCUCGAUACACCCUGUCCAUCCCCAUCUACAUCAUCUCAGUCAUCACAGAAGGUUCAUACAUUACUAUUAUUUUACAUAAGGUGCACUCAGUAAGAUUUCAUUGCCACAGCUCAGUGAUUAUUUAAACUAUUAAAAUACACCCCUUUUGUUUCUGAAAAAGAUCCUUGCAGGGAUGUGAAUAUGGUUAGUAAAAAAAAUUGUCUAAGAAAUCCGAAUGAACCUGCUGUUUUUAUACACUGAGGGUGUAACACCGAUACUUUAACAGUAAACAUUAAACAGUGGUUUUAUAGGUUGCUUGGAAUGUUAUUUUUCUCUCACAGAAUGUAGUUCCUGACCGACAGAUUCAUUACUGACUCUUUAUCUACAGACUCAGGGCUCAUUGCAUCUUACGGCAAUCUGCAGUUGAAACAAAAACAAAGCGUACGCCCCAUCACUGUUUUAGUAAAGAAAUUAGGGAUGCAGUUGGAGAAAUGUAACCACUCUGAAAUUUAUAGACAGAGCUAUGGAUAAAAGGACUGACCAUCCAUGAUCUCAAAAUUAUCGUUUGAACCAUGUUUUGAGGCUAUACAGAGUUUGUUUACAUUUGUUGUUUACAGACAUUGGAGUAAAACAAGUUUCUAUUUUGGGUUCUGAUGGGGUACGACAGUUGAACUAAGCUCAUGAUGCAUUUCUAAGUUAUAUUUUUCAAGAAUCAAUAGGUAUUAUUUAAUGAAUUUACAACUUCAAAAAUGUAUGUAGCAACUGCCGAUUUCCCCUUGAAAGAGAAUGAAGUAUAAAAAAAAUAGAGGGGAUUGAAGAUAGAUAAAUGUAAUAGUUCACUUUCACUGGGUAUGUUUUAAUCUCCACUCAGUGUCUUGUUUUAUACUGUUACAGUUGGUGAUGAUGUGUCAGGCAUUGCAUGUAGUGAGGAAACGAGAGUUAGAGCAGACAGGAAGUGAGUUGGCACAGCAGGCUGACCAAGAUAUCGAAGUCAGGAAAUGGGCCACAUUCCAACUUCAAGAGGCGCGCGUGUGUGUUUUAGACAGUACAGAGUACAUGAGUUUUGCCUAAACAACUUCUGUGUUUCAACAGUAGACCAUAGACAUUUUUGCAAUUUUGCCUUCCACUUUGUCUAUUUUGUGUAUCGAAGAGUGUUUGUGAAGAAUCUUUCUGCUUUGGUCUUUUCCAGGCAUUACCGUUCACCAAUCACUGCCUUACUUUGAGUCACUGGGAACAUACUCAUUCCAGCUCAGCCUGCCUGUGUCUGCACACAUUUAUUUCCCUAUCCUCCUGAAGGCAUACUUACCUUUACUGGCUGUUGGUAAGUUAACUGAUUUAGCUUCCUUAGCACAGCCUAAAGCCACAGGCUGAAUGAAACUGGAAGAGCCAUUUACAAAAAGGGCAUUUUUCUGUAAUUACUUUCUUAAAUGAGUCCCAUUAUGUCUGAUGAAAACAAAACACUGCAUUCCACAGUAAGAACCUCAUACCGAUGGUUAAGCAUGGUGGUGGUAGUGUGAUGGUUUGGGGAUGCUUUGCUGCCUCAGGACCUGGAUGACUUGCCAUCAUUGAAUUCUACAGGAGAAUGUCAGGCCAUCCAUCUGUGAGCUGAAGCUGAAGCGCAGAUGGGUCAUGCAGCAAGACAAUGAUCCAAAACACACAUCAGAAUGGCUCAAAAGCAACACAUGUAAAGUUCUGGAAUAGCCUAGUCCAGGGGUUCCUGAACUUUUUUGGCCUACGACCCCAUUUUGAUAUCUGAAAAUUCUCAUUACACCAACCAUGUGAAAAAAAAUCUGUAAUUAACAGCCAAUGUUUACUUUUUUAUUUGGGGCUAUGGCAGUCAAUUGAAAAACAUUCUAACAGUAUUUCUGAUUGUCUUCUCACUAUCACAUACUUUUAAUGUGGGGCUAUGCCAGUCAAUUGCAAAUUAGUCUGACAAUGUAUCUUAUCUCACCACCACUAAUGAGAUGGGUGUACUUGAUGCAUGUCGCAUCCGUGUUUCUCAAAGUCAGGGGGCGUGGUCGACAGUGCGCACCUCAUCUCUGCUGUCACAUCCAACCUGGAUCAUUAUUUGGUUUUAAUGCAGAUGAGAGCACUGAAUACAGCUUCACACAGAUAUGAGCUGGGGAAGGGUACCAUGAGUUUUAUGGUGCUUUCAAGACAACUUGGAUACUAGGUCAAAUCAUGACGUCAGUGAUCUUCAAGUCGGGAAGUCUGAGAUGUAAAAAGAGGCCCGAGUUCCCAAGUUGGAAUUACCUAGUUGGAUGACCGUUCAAAAUGAUUUUUUCCUCUAGUUUUUUUUAGAGUUCCCAGUUGUCUUGAACGCACUGAAGUCGGAAGUCAGAGAUUUCUGGGUUCCCAGUUCCCAGUUGUUUUGAAUGGUGAUGAUUUCUGUAUUUUGAAAGUUACAUAUCUUGAAAACUUGACUGCUGACAAGCAAAACAUUUUGGGACUUUGUCAACAAUGAACUAAUGAAACAAAUACCAAAAAAUAGGUUUUGGGUGGAAUUUUCAUGUAAUGCUCAGAGGCAGACCUCAUGGUAUUCCAUUUGAGUCAGGAACCAAAACUCGUUCUGUCGCUUUUAACACACCGACUGUGUCUUUCCGCAAAAUAGUAUUCAGCAUCAUUUAGAUAUGUGUGCAACAAAGUUCAACAUUCACCUUCUGCUAUCAUUUCUGUCAACCCGUUUACACAUACAGUUUGACGCAUACGUUCGAUAAAUCCAACAUAUGCACCUCACAAAACGCACUGCAACUGCCUCUGCAACGCAAUGCUGAAAUGCAAACACAGCGUUCCAUUGGAAAUGAAUAUACUUCUGGUGUACAAAAAUGUAAUAACACUGUAGGUGUGUCCGAAGCGUUAGUGACCUGUGAAUUCAUUCGGUCACAUGACAGCUCGAUCAGCUGUUCGAUUUUACUUAUGGGCAUGUCAACUGAGCCAGGAUGACAGUGAAACUUCCAAGUGUUGGGAGGUGAUCUGUAGAAUGUUUUUGAAUUUCCCCUGCAUUUACAUUUUUAGUCAUUUAGCAGACGCUCUGGCUUACAGUUAGUGAGUGCAUACAUUUUUAUUUUUUUAUACUGGAAUCGAACCCACAACCCUGGCGUUGCAAAUGCCAUGCUCUACCAACUGAGCUACAUCCCUGCCGGCCAUUCCCUCCCCUACCCUGGACGACGCUGGGCCAAUUGUGCGCCGUCCCAUGGGUCUCCCGGUCGCGGCCGGCUACGACAGAGCCUGGAUUCGAACCAGGAUCUCUAGUGGCACAGCUAGCACUGCGAUGACCACUGCGCCACUCGGGAGGACUACAACUGCAUGCUUGCGUUCAGUUUCACAAAUGUCUGUUACAUAGGCAAGGAGACACAUUUUCUUUUCAUUACACAGAAAGUAAACUAAGUAUUUUGUAUCCAUUGUGAAUGACAACAGUUCCUCUCUCAAUGCGAAAAAUCUUUCCAGCACUGCGCAUCUGAUAACAUUCAGUGUCAGAAAUAUACAAAAAUAAGAGAAUCAAAAAGGAGGCAAAUCAUUUUUCACAGCACUGUAGCUCCUGUACUGAAUAUUUUAUAUUCAACUACUUGCCCCGCCCAGAAACAAACCUGCUAACUGUGAGUCAACCUUUUGUCUUUCUAGGGGCUUGUGUAACAGUGUGGCAUUCGCUGAGGGAGAGAAAACUGCGUCUUGGGAAGUGGAAUAAGAUGAAGAAACGGAAAUGAGGUGGAUUUCUUAUUUUAGGAUAUAUCGUUUUGGGAGUUACUUUUAUAUUUGGAGUUUUAUUGUUGUACUUUGGCAGUUAUUUAAGAAGAUUACCCAACAGCAAACGAGAACAACAUCUUCCUAAGAAGCCUUCUUUGCACAACAUCACUUUGAUGAGGUCACACUUAUGUAAUAGUUGGAUAACCAAAAUGUUUAUAAACGUGUUCAG